AUGUAUUAUCAUCAAACAAUUGUGCUGUAUGAAAAAAGUAGAACAAAAGCAAAUACUUUAGUAGCGAACAAAAAUUAUUUUAGUUUGCUUCAUCUUAAAUGGAGAUACCCACGUCUAAAAUUUUUUUGCAGAAGUCGACAGUUUGGAUAUAUUUUAAGUUCGGUAAUGGUUUAUCAAUCAAUUGACGCAAGAAUGGAUGAAAAUAAAAAUGUAUAA